GCAGCGGUCGCGGCGGGAGGCGGCGGCGGUGGCGGUGGUGCCCUCCCCGGAGCGGCGGCUGCAGGAGGACGGGAGGGAAGGACGCACUGACAGAGCAGGCAGCAGCAGCAGGCACGCCAGGCGAAGAUGUCGGGUCAGACGCUGACGGAUCGCAUCGCAGCUGCUCAGUACAGCGUUACGGGAUCGGCCGUAGCCAGAGCCGUCUGCAAAGCCACCACGCAUGAAGUGAUGGGGCCCAAGAAAAAGCACCUGGACUACUUGAUCCAAGCAACUAAUGAAACCAAUGUGAAUAUUCCUCAGAUGGCUGAUACGCUUUUUGAGCGAGCAACGAACAGCAGCUGGGUGGUCGUGUUCAAAGCCUUAGUUACCACACAUCAUCUCAUGGUUCAUGGCAAUGAGAGAUUUAUCCAGUACCUGGCAUCUAGAAACACAUUGUUCAACCUCAGCAAUUUUCUGGACAAAAGUGGGUCUCAUGGUUAUGACAUGUCCACCUUCAUAAGGCGCUACAGUAGGUACUUGAAUGAGAAAGCCUUUUCCUACAGACAGAUGGCUUUUGACUUUGCAAGGGUGAAGAAAGGGGCUGAUGGUGUAAUGAGAACCAUGGCUCCCGAGAAGCUGCUGAAGAGUAUGCCAAUACUGCAGGAACAAAUUGAUGCACUACUUGAAUUUGAUGUUCAUCCAAAUGAACUGACAAAUGGUGUCAUAAAUGCUGCAUUCAUGCUUCUGUUUAAAGAUCUUAUCAAGCUGUUUGCCUGCUACAACGAUGGGGUUAUUAACUUACUAGAGAAGUUCUUUGAAAUGAAGAAGGGACAAUGUAAAGAUGCUCUGGAAAUCUACAAGCGGUUUCUGACUCGCAUGACCAGAGUGUCGGAGUUUCUGAAGGUUGCAGAGCAAGUUGGGAUUGACAAAGGUGAUAUCCCUGAUCUCACACAGGCUCCUAGCAGUCUGAUGGAGACCCUCGAGCAACACCUAAAUUCACUGGAAGGAAAGAAACCUGGCAACAAUGAAGGAUCUGGGGCUCCUUCUCCUCUGAGCAAGUCUUCCCCAGCUACAACUGUUACAUCUCCUAGCUCUACUCCAGCAAAAACUAUUGAUACAUCUCCUCCCGUUGAUCUUUUUGCAACUUCAUCUACAGCUGCUCCAGUCAGCUCUUCCAAACCAUCCAGCGAUCUCCUGGAUCUUCAGCCAGAUUUUGCUGCUAGUGGGCAGGCAGCUCCAGCAGCUGCUGCUGGAGCCACUUCGUGGGGAGACCUCUUGGGAGGAGAGGAUAAUCUGGCUGCACUGUCUGCUGUCACCUCUGAGCCACAGCUUGCAGACCCGUUUGCCCCAGAGCCCAGUGCGACUACUGCUGCAACUACUGACACUGCAACUACUUCUGCUGCCACCCCUGCAACUACAGCUGCCCCUGCUGCUGCUGCUGAAGUGGAUCUCUUUGGAGAUGCCUUUGCAGCUUCUCCUGGGGAAGCCCCUGCAGCAGCUGAAGGGGCAGCAGCACCAGCUACCCCAACCCCUGUAGCAGCAGCUCUUGAUGCAUGCUCUGGAAAUGACCCCUUUGCCCCAUCCGAAGGUAGUGCAGAGGCUGCUCCUGAGCUGGACCUCUUUGCUAUGAAGCCAACAGAGACUGCUGUUCCUGUAGUUACCCCUACAACUAGUGCAGCCACUCCAGUUCCUGCAACAACUCCUUCUCCAGCCGCUGCUGUUGCUGCUGCUGCUGCUACUGCUACUACAGCUACUGCCACUACCACUACUGCCACCACUUCUGCUACCGCCACCACCUCCGCUCCUCCUGCUCUAGAUAUCUUUGGUGAUUUGUUUGAGUCUGCUCCUGAUGCACCUGCUGCACCUAAACCAGAUGCUGCUCCUAGCAUAGAUCUCUUUGGUACAGAUGCUUUCUCGUCUCCACCCCAAGGAGCUUCUCCUGUGCCUGAGAGUUCUCUUACUGGUGAUCUCCUCUCUGUGGAUGCAUUUGCAACCCCCUCUCCUCUACCCACUGCCUCGCCAGCAAAGGUGGACUCUUCAGGUGUGAUUGACCUGUUUGGUGAUGCUUUUGGAAGUAGUGCUCCUGAACCCCAGCCCACAACCCAGGCUGCUUCUAGUUCCUCAGCUUCUGCAGACCUGCUUGCUGGCUUUGGAGGUUCUUUCAUCUCUCCCUCUCCGUCACCAUCCCCAGUCACUCCAGCUCAAAGCAGCUUACUACAGCCAAACUUUGAUGCAGCUUUUGGGACGGCAGCUCCGACGACUGGCGCUUCCUUCGAUGCAUCAGUGUUUGAUGGCUUAGGUGAUCUUCUCAUGCCAACUAUGGCUCCUUCUGGUCAGCCUGCAGCACCUUCAGCUGCAGCAGCAGUCACUGCUUCAGCAGCAAGCAAAGGCCUCGGGAGCGAUCUUGAUUCGUCUCUUGCAAACUUAGUAGGCAAUCUUGGAAUUUCUGGCACCACUUCAAAAAAGGGAGACCUUCAGUGGAAUGCUGGAGAGAAGAAACUAACAGGAGGAGCCAACUGGCAGCCAAAAGUAGCACCUGCGACAUGGUCGACCGGGGGCGUCCCAAGCGGUCCAUUGACAGGAGGUGUGCCUCCAGCAAGUGCUGUUCCUCCUGCAGGAGGGACUCCACCUGUGCCACAGGCAGGAGCAGCGUUUGGCAUGCCCCCAGCAGGCACAGGUGUGCCCAUGAUGCCCCAGCAGCCAGUGAUGUAUGGGCAGCCCAUGAUGAGGCCACCCUUCGGAGGUGCCGCUGGCCCUGGUGUACAGCUUUCUCCAAGCCCGACUCCUGCUACUCAGAGUCCCAAGAAACCUCCAACAAAGGACCCUUUAGCGGAUCUUAACAUCAAGGAUUUCUUGUAAAGGAUAAGCUGCAGUUUUUCUGACCGGAUGACAAACCCCCCCACGAGUUUGGAACCUACCAAGGGCCACUCCAGAGUUUCCAAGUGAGCCACCAGUACCAAACCCAGUGCUUACUCAGACUUUUUUUCCCCCCUCUUCCUCCUGAAACGUGUAGCACAGCUGUGAAAGUGAACAUUUAGGAAUGUGUACUUCCCUUAGCUGUUACCUUCCCCCCUCCCCUGCCCUCUGGAAUUUGUGUACUUGGGUUGUUUGUGUUUUACAAUUUAAAGAAACCAAUGGAUGUAUGUUUCUGAUGCCUUCUAGUGCUUUUCUGAACCUCUCCCUCGGGGGCAGAUGAUGCAGCUGUUGUUUGGUGAAGCCAUUGGGAGCCAUGGCUGUGAUUGAUUUGUUUUCCCUUGGUUGGUUGGGUUUGGCUUUAUUUAUUUAUCUAUUUAUUUGGAAAGGUUUUGAUGUAGAUAUUUUUUUUUUUCAUUUGGUUUGGCUUUUUUUUUCUUUUUGAGGACACGUCAAAUUUCCCUAGGAUUCAAACUCUCCUUUGCCUGUUACAAAGCAUAGUGUGAUAAUAACAGAUAGCAAGGAACAAGAGCAGAUAGCAAGGAACAAGAGCAGAUAGUAAGGAACAAGAGCAGAUAGCAAGGAACAAGAGCAGAUAGCAAGGAACAAGAGCAGAUAGCAAGGAAGAAAAGCAGAUAGUAAGGAAUAAGACCAGAUAGCAAGGAAGAAAAGCAGAUAGUAAGGAAUAAGACCAGAUAGCAAGGAAGAAAAGCAGAUAGUAAGGAAUAAGACCAGAUAGCAAGGAAGAAAAGCAGAUAGUAAGGAAUAAGACCAGAUAGUAAGGAAUAAAAGCAGAUAGCAAGGAAUAAGACCAGAUAGCAAUGAAUAAAAGCAGAUAGCAAGAAAUAAGACCAGAUAGCAAGGAAUAAGACCAGAUAGUAAGGAAUAAGACCAGAUAGCAAGGAAUAAGACCAGAUAGCAAGGAAUAAGACCAGAUAGCAAUGAAUAAAAGCAGAUAGCAAGAAAUAAGACCAGAUAGCAAGGAAUAAGACCAGAUAGCAAGGAAUAAGACCAGAUAGCAAGGAAUAAGACCAGAUAGUAAGGAAUAAGACCAGAUAGCAAGGAAUAAGACCAGAUAGCAAGGAAUAAAAGCAGAUAGUAAGGAAUAAGACCAGAUAGCAAGGAAUAAGACCAGAUAGCAAGGAAUAAAAGCAUAUAGUAAGGAAAAUAUGAUAGAACUGUGAACUAUUUGGGUUUGGAUCCUUUUUGUUUGCCUUUUUUCCCCCCUCCCAGUCACAGGACUCUCAGUUGUCAUGGGAAAGAAACUAAUCUGGUUUCUUUUUGUGGCACUCUACAUGCUAAGGUCAUUUCAAGUAAGUUGAAAGUAAACUUCCAUUACAAAUACUUCCCCCCCCCUUUUUUUUUUAAUGGGUGAUUUAGCAAAAAAAAAAAGAAGCCUCCUACCUGCAACAAGUCCUUGUUUAUUGCUGGGUUGAGUUGGAACCUCCUCUCAGGUGUUUUGAGUUUCGACACCGCCAGUUGGCUUAUUUCUCCCUUCCUCGCUUAAAUGCACUGCAAAAAAGCCACCAACUGAAGGGGCAGUUCCUCUGCGUGGAGCUGGGAGGCCACAGCCCUGGUGGUGCUGGCACUGAAGGGGUGUCAGAGGAGAGCACGCUCGGGUGCCUGCGGUCGGAAGGUUUGCAGCUGGCGCUGCUCAUCUCCGUUUGGUUCUUGCCGCCAUCUCUUCAGUUAGCGCUUCCCUGUGUACGCCUCAGGCUGCUGUUUCACUCCAUGGCCCCACCUGCGCUGUGAGUAGCUUUUGUACUAUUGGUGAGUAGGUCGAGUUCUGAUCCAGAGGUCCAUGCCCUUGACUGUACAGAUGUGUUUCUUUUGGCUUUCGUUUGUUCCAUACUCGUUUCUGCUGACGGCUUUGGCGUAACAGAUCUUGAGUCUUCGGCGAGGUCGCUGUUGAUCAGUGUUCAAAAGUGGCUUGGCAGCUCUCUGUAAAAGCAUAUCGGGGUGGGAAAGAUACUCACCUGAAGUCUUUCCACCCAACUUAUUUACUCAGUGUGUGGUACCAUUAAAAGUGGUUGUGUCUGACUUUGCUGUGGGGAUAACGUAACGGCGGAGCGGGCAAGGUGGCUAAAAAGGCUGAGUUCAAAAUGGCUCUUCUUUGUUAUUCCAGUUUCCAAACAGACCACCCCCCAAAACAAAGAGCGACAGAAACAAACCACCCCAGUGCAUGUGUGCCCCCUGAGAUGCAAUAAACACCUUGAUCAAAGUGAA